AAACCUGCCGGGGGUGAGAAAGUGUUUGCUUUGACUCAGACACACAACUGCAGAGCGCCGCUAAGGAGGAGGAGGUGCCGCCGUUUUUCUUCACUUUUUAUUCCUUCGGAAGAGUCAUUUUAUUCAUGAGAACGGAAAGAGGAUAUUCAAUAUUCAAAACAAAGUGAGGAGCUGGAGCGUGCUCAGUGAGUUUGGGAAGACGGCGCCAUGGCGGUCUCCACUCAACUGGGCUUACUUCUUUGGAAAAACUUCACGUACCGAAGACGACAGACUAUUCAGCUGCUGAUUGAGAUAAUCUGGCCUCUCUUCAUCUUCUUCAUCCUCAUCUCAGUUCGGAUACACUAUCCACCCUACGAGCAGCAUGAAUGCCAUUUCCCUAACAAGGCCAUGCCUUCAGCGGGGACGCUGCCUUGGGUACAAGGAAUCAUCUGUAAUGCCAACAACCCCUGCUUCCGGAACCCAACCCCUGGAGAGACCCCCGGGGUUGUGGGCAACUUUAACGAUUCAAUAAUCUCCCGACUCUUUAAUGAUGCCAAGAAGAUCCUGUUGUACACCCAGAAUGACAAGAGCUACGAGGGCUACCGUGGGCUGCUGAGGGCCCUCCACAAGUUGCAGAAGAACACCGCCCGUUUCAAGCUGAAGGACUUUUUGAAAGAUAACGAAACCCUCUCCCACUUCUUGCAUCACAACGCCUCGCUUCCCCGUCACGCGCUGAAGCAGAUCGUAGAGGCUGACGUCAAUCUGGAAAAGGUUCUGACUAAGGGUUUUGGCUUCCAUCUCAGAGACUUGUGUAACACAACACCUCUGGAGGAGUUUGUCCAUAUUGCUGACCGCAAUGUAUCUCGCCUGACGCAAGAGAUUAUCUGCAAGUCGUCCAAGGACUGGCUGAACAAGGCCCAAAGCCACUUCCUGUCGAACCUGGACUUCCUCAAGCCCAUUCGAAAAGACGUAAAGUCGGAUCCCAGGAUAGUUCAGGAAGUCUCAGCUGCAACGGAUUAUCUUCUGGAGAGUCUAGGAGAACUGGCUGUGGAGCUUGCCAGCAUGAAGAGUUGGAAAGACAUGCGAAAUGAGAUCCUGUAUCUCACUGUGAAUGCCACAGGCUCUCCGAAUCAGAUGUACCAGGCUGUGUCACGUAUUGUCUGUGGUCACCCCGAGGGGGGCGGCCUUAAAAUCAAGUCCCUCAAUUGGUAUGAGGAUAACAACUACAAGGCGCUGUUUGGAAACCAUGGCAACGACAACGACAGCGAUCCUAUUUCCGCAUACGACAACACAUCCACUCCUUACUGUAACAGCAUGAUGCGAAACUUGGAAUCCAGUCCCAUAUCCAGGAUGAUCUGGAGAGCUUUGAAGCCUUUGCUCAUGGGAAAGAUCCUCUACACCCCAGAUACUCCAGCGACUCAGAGGAUAAUCCAUGAGGUGAACAAGACUUUCCAGGAGCUGGGCCUGUUAAGGGACCUCGGAGGAAUGUGGGAUGAGAUGAAGCCCAAAGUAUGGAACUUCAUGGAGAACAGUGAGGAGAUAGACUUAGUCAGGACAUUGCUCCAAAAUAACGCCAGCGCCACUUUCUUGAAUACUCAACUCAGUGGGACUGAGUGGCGCGUGUCCGACCUGUCGCGCUUCCUCUCCAAGUCCGUGGUAGACCAAAAAGCUGCAGGAUCAGCAUACACCUGGAGAGAGGUCUUCAACGAAACGGACCAGGCCAUCCAGACCAUUACCCGCUUCAUGGAGUGUGUGAACCUGGAUAAACUGGAGCCAGUCGCAAAUGAAGAGCGCUUAGUUAACAAAUCCAUGGGUCUGCUUGACAACCAGAAGUUCUGGGCAGGCAUUGUGUUUCCUGACAUCGCCCACGGCAACAGCUCUGACUUGCCCUCUAACGUCAACUACAAAAUCCGCAUGGACAUCGACAACGUUGAGAGGACCAACAAGAUCAAGGACGGCUACUGGGACCCUGGCCCCAGAGCCGACCCCUUCGAGGACUUGCGUUACAUAUGGGGCGGAUUCUCCUACCUGCAAGAUGUGAUUGAACAGGGAAUCAUCCGAGCUGUGACAGGCAGCAAGGAAAAGACUGGUGUUUACAUUCAGCAGAUGCCCUACCCCUGCUACGUGGAUGACAUUUUCCUACGGGUGAUGAGUCGAUCGAUGCCCUUGUUUAUGACUUUGGCGUGGAUGUACUCCGUGGCCAUCAUCAUCAAGGGAGUGGUCUACGAGAAGGAAGCCCGGCUCAAGGAGACCAUGAGGAUCAUGGGACUGAACAAUGGCAUUUUGUGGCUCAGCUGGUUCAUCAGCAGUUUGAUUCCAUUGCUGAUCAGCGCUGGCUUGUUGGUCAUGUUGUUGAAGACUGGAAACUUGCUGCCUUACAGUGACUCAGGGGUCGUCUUUCUUUUCCUGAGCUCCUUCGGCGUAGUAACCAUCAUGCAGUGCUUCCUUAUUAGCACAUUGUUCUCUCGCGCUAACUUGGCAGCGGCCUGUGGUGGAAUCAUCUAUUUCACCCUCUACCUGCCCUACGUGCUGUGCGUUGCUUGGCAAGACUACAUCGGAUAUGGAGCAAAACUUGUUGUGAGCCUGCUGUCUCCUGUAGCUUUUGGAUUUGGCUGUGAGUACUUAUCCCUGUUUGAGGAGCAAGGCGUGGGAAUCCAGUGGUCCAACUUGCUGGCCAGCCCUCUGGAGGAGGAUAGCUACAACCUGACCACCUCCAUCUGCCUCAUGCUCUUUGACGCUGUGCUCUAUGGACUGAUGACAUGGUAUAUUGAGGCUGUGUUCCCUGGCCAGUAUGGAAUACCCAGACCUUGGUAUUUCCCUUUCACAAAGACAUACUGGUGUGGCGAAAAAGAGAACCAGAACCUCUCAACGCCUUUGUCCACGAAAGGCAACGCUGAUGCUGUGUGCAUAGAGGAGGAGCCAAGCCACAUUGAGCCAGGUGUUUACAUUGAGAACCUGGUGAAGGUCUAUAGCCAUGGAAACAAACUCGCAGUAGAUGGACUAUCCCUGAGAUUCUACGAAGGACAGAUCACCUCCUUCCUCGGCCACAAUGGAGCUGGAAAGACCACAACAAUGUCGAUCCUUACAGGGUUGUUUCCGCCCACCUCAGGAACGGCCUACAUCCUGGGCAAAGACAUUCGAUCAGAACUUAGCACCAUCAGGCAAAAUCUGGGUGUUUGUCCCCAGCACAAUGUUCUUUUCAGCAUGCUGACAGUGGAGGAGCACAUCUGGUUCUACGGCCGCCUGAAAGGACUGCCUGUGGAGAUGGUGAAGGCCGAGAUGGAACAAAUUGUUAACGAUGUUGGAUUGCCUCACAAACGACAGUCACGCACCAGCACACUUUCCGGAGGGAUGCAGAGGAAGUUGUCCGUGGCCUUGGCUUUUGUUGGAGGCUCCAAGGUUGUGAUCUUGGACGAACCCACUGCUGGCGUUGAUCCUUAUGCACGUAGGGGAAUCUGGGACCUGCUUCUUAAAUACAGACAAGGCCGCACCAUUAUCCUGUCUACCCAUCACAUGGACGAAGCAGACAUCCUGGGUGACCGCAUUGCCAUUAUCUCCCACGGCAAGCUGUGCUGUGUCGGCUCUUCGCUCUUCCUAAAGACCCAGCUGGGCACGGGCUACUACUUGACCCUGGUUAAGAGAGACUACGAUUUGGCACUUCAGUCUUGCAGGAAUUCUGCCAGCACCGUUUCCUAUAUCAAGAAAACCGAAAAGGAGGAUAGCGUGUCUGAGAGCAGUUCAGAUGCAGGCCUUGGCAGUGAACCAGAGAGUGAGACCACCACAAUUGACGUUUCCCUCAUCUCCAACGUGAUAUUUAAGCAUGUCUCAGAAGCUCGCCUGGUGGAAGACGUUGGACAUGAGCUCACUUACAUCUUGCCCUACCAGUCAGCCAAAGAUGGAGCCUUUGUGGAGCUCUUCCAUGAGCUUGAUGACCGUCUCACUGACCUAGGAAUAUCAAGCUAUGGCAUAUCUGACACCACCCUAGAGGAGAUUUUCUUAAAAGUUGCUGAAGACAGUGGAGUCGAUGCUGUGGAACUUUCAGACGGAGUAGUGCCAACGCGGACUCGUCGCCGUCAUGCAUUUGGAGACCAUCAAAGCUGCCUGAAGCCCUUCACUGAGGAUGACUUUGACUUCAACGAUUCUGAAGAAUCUCGUGAGACCGACUGGCUUAGUGGAAUAGAUGGUAAAGGCUCAUACCAGGUCAAAGGAUGGAGUCUAAAGCGACAGCAGUUUGUAGCGCUACUCUGGAAAAGAUUCCUGUAUGCUCGGCGUUCCAGGAAAGGCUUUUUCGCCCAGAUUGUCCUCCCAGCUGUAUUUGUGUGUAUUGCGCUGGUGUUCAGCCUAAUUGUGCCUCCAUUUGGAAAGUACCCAAGUCUGGCUCUGGAUCCUGGAAUGUAUGGGGAGCAGUUUACUUUCAUCAGUAAUGACUUACCUGAGGACCCUCACACCAACAAACUUAUUGGAGCUCUGACAGACAAACCAGGAUAUGGAACACGUUGCAUGGAAGGACAACCCAUUGCGGAUACUCCGUGUGCAGCAAUGGAGGAUGAGUGGUCAGUUCCACAAGUACCUCAAAGUCUAAGGGACAUUUUUGACAAAGGCAACUGGUCCAUGGAGAAUCCGUCUCCUCUGUGCGAGUGCAGCUGUGAGGGACGCAAAAGGAUGCUGCCCGAAUGUCCAAGCGGUGCAGGGGGUCUUCCACCGCCACAGAUUAGGUUAAGCGAUAAAGACACUCUUCAAAAUGUGACUGGUAGAAACGUGUCAGAUUAUCUGGUGAAGACUUACGCUCAGAUCAUUGGCAAAAGCCUGAAGAACAAGAUUUGGGUCAAUGAGUUCAGAUACGGUGGCUUUUCACUCGGCGCCAGAGGCUCCCAGCUUCAAGCCCACAGCGACCAGAUCGAUGAUGCCAUUGCUCUACUCCGCAGACGCUUCCAUCUAGAAAGGGGGACAGCAGCAGAUCGUUUCUUCCGUAGUCUCUCCAACUUUAUUCAAGGAUUGAACACCAACAAUAAUGUCAAGAUCUGGUUCAACAACAAGGGCUGGCACAGUAUCGGCUCUUUCCUCAAUGUGAUGAACAAUGGAAUCCUUCGAGCAAGCCUGCCACCCGGCAAAGACCCUGCCAGGUUUGGCAUCACUGCCUUUAAUCAUCCUCUCAACCUCACCAAGGAACAGCUGUCACAAGUGGCACUAAUGACAACAUCAGUGGAUGUGCUGGUGUCCAUCUGCGUGAUCUUCGCCAUGUCUUUUGUGCCGGCCAGCUUUGUUGUUUUCCUCAUUCAGGAGAGGGUGAACAAGGCCAAACACAUGCAGUUCAUCAGCGGAGUGCAACCAUUCCUCUACUGGCUGGCCAACUUUGUCUGGGACAUGUGUAACUACAUUGUCCCUGCCACACUGGUUAUCAUUAUCUUCGUCUGCUUCCAACAAGAUGCUUAUGUCUCCUCCACCAACCUGCCUGUGCUGGCCUUGCUGCUGCUGCUCUAUGGUUGGUCCAUCACCCCUUUGAUGUACCCAGCGUCCUUCUUCUUUAAGAUCCCCAGCACAGCCUACGUGGUUCUGACCAGCGUCAACAUACUGAUCGGAAUCAACGGCAGCGUGUCCACAUUUGUACUGGAGCUGUUUGGAGGCAAUGAGAUCGGUGGUAUCAAUGACAUCCUGAAGAACGUCUUCCUCAUCUUCCCUCACUUCUGUCUGGGGAGAGGCCUAAUCGACAUGGUAAAGAACCAAGCAAUGGCUGAUGCUUUGGAAAGAUUUGGUGAAAACCGUUUCCGUUCUCCCUUGGCUUGGGACAUGGUGGGAAAGAACCUGUUCGCAAUGGCCAUUGAAGGAGUGAUCUUCUUUUGCAUCACUGUCCUCAUUCAGUAUCACUUCUGCUUCAAGGCCAGAUCAUCCUCCAGUCACCUGAAGCCUAUUGGAGAAGAGGAUGAAGAUGUGGCCAGAGAACGACAGAGAAUCCUCAGUGGAGGAGGACAGUCCGACAUCUUGGAGCUUCGGCAGCUCACUAAGAUUUACAAGCGGAAACAGAAGCCAGCUGUGGACCGACUCUGUGUUGGCAUCCCCCCAGGCGAGUGCUUUGGUUUGCUGGGAGUCAAUGGAGCUGGCAAAACCAGCACGUUUAAAAUGCUGACAGGAGACUCGGUGGUCACAAGUGGAGAGGCCUAUCUGGCAGGAAAGAGUGUAACAACAGAAAUAGAUGAGGUGCAUCAGAACAUGGGCUACUGUCCUCAGUUUGAUGCCAUCAAUGACCUGCUGACGGGACGGGAGCACCUUGAGUUCUACGCCAUUCUAAGAGGCGUGCCGGAGAAGGAAGUGUGUGAGGUGGCAGAGUGGGGCAUCCGCAAGUUGGGGUUAAUCAAGUAUGUGGACAAGAAAGCAGGCAGCUACAGUGGAGGCAACAUGAGGAAACUGUCUACCGCCAUCGCUCUCAUAGGAGGACCACCUGUUGUGUUCCUGGAUGAACCGACAACAGGCAUGGACCCUAAGGCACGGCGCGCCCUGUGGAACGCCAUACUGAGCAUCAUCAAAGAGGGACGAUCGGUCGUCCUGACCUCCCACAGCAUGGAGGAGUGUGAAGCACUUUGCACCAGGAUGGCCAUCAUGGUCAACGGCAGGUUCCGCUGCCUGGGGAGUGUGCAGCACCUUAAGAACAGGUUUGGGGAUGGCUACACCAUCAUCCUCAGGGUGGCCGGACCGGAUCCAGACCUCCGGCCGGUGAGAGAGUUUAUCGAGCAAGAACUUCCAGGCAGUAACCUGAAGGAGAAACAUCGCAACAUGCUGCAGUACCAGCUUCCCUCAUCCCUCACCUCCCUUGCACGAAUCUUCUCCCUGCUGGCCACCAACAAGGAGGCACUUAGGAUAGAGGACUACUCUGUCUCUCAGACCACUUUAGACCAAGUGUUCGUAAAUUUUGCCAAGGACCAAAGUGAUGAGGACCACUUAAAAGACGUCCACCUAAGCAAACGGGACGCCGUAGUGGUGGACAUUUCCCAGCUAAACUCUUUCCUCAUGGACAACAAGACCAAGGAGAGCUGCGUCUGAUUCCAGCCAUGCAUUAUCCCCCCCUCGGGCGUCUUCCCGCCACAGAUCAUCUGAAGUGGACGACGGGCCUUUUCUUUUGUUUCUCAGUUGUAGUCUUCAUUUUUUUUAAUUGUAAAUCCUCAGUGGACCUGCUGUUAAACGCACAGCCUCUGAAGACGUGACGAGGCAGACUGCAGGUUUUCGUGAAAGACACUGAACUUGAUGCAAAUCAAUGCAAGAAAUCUCGAUAUUAAAAGACGAGAUGAUACCGGUGUGAGGGUUUGGAGACCGGCGCUUCUUCCCUCCACCGUAUCGGACACUUGAAGUGCGUUUGACUGGGAGAGCGGCCAGGCUACCCAGUUUUUUGAAAGCCUAUUCCGAAAAGUUCCGAUCAUUCACUGCCAACUGCAAAAAACAAGGACUAACAAAUCUUAUUCAGGGUCUGAUAUCUUUGUUACCAAUAGCAGUUUUAUAACACAGUGACAGUCCGACUCAUUUCAAAGGAGGAACACCAAACGUUUUUACAAAUGACAUAUUUUUUUGGUUUUCAAUAUAUACGAUAAGUCGUAACUUUUAUUUGAUUGGUUUCUCCUUGACGUGGUUCAUCACAGUGCCUAUGUGAAGGGGAGUACAUCUGAGCACUCCUUUAUGAAGGACAACAACAAAAUAGGCUGCCAGGGAAUGUUCCAGACAAAGCACAGAAACUUGCUUUUUUUUUCAAAGGAAGCCCUCGCGUCUCGAAACGUGCAACUCCAUGUCUGAACAUGUUUUACUCGCCAUCUUGAAAUGGUUGUGACUUCCUACGAGUGGAAACGGACGAACAAUGUAAGCUCUGUUACAUUGUAGACGAUUAUUGCAUGCUCUCCUCCGCCCGGACGCACACUCGGCACUAUUCUGGGUGUGCUUAGGCAUGGAAGGACUUGGAUCAUUUGAGCGUCACGUACUUGUGGGCUUUAUAUCCGAUUGUUAUUAGUGGGGAUGGAAGUAGGAAGGCGGCACGCGCACAUGCUAAACCAGGGGUCGGCAACCCAAAAUGUUGAAAGAGCCAUAUUGGACCAAAAAUACAAAAACAAAUCUGUCUGGAGCCGCAACAAAUUAAAAGCCAUAUUACAUACAGAUAGUGUGUCAUGAGAUAUAAAUUGAAUUAAGAGGACUUAAAGUAAACUAAAUGAGCUCAAAUAUACCUACAAAUGAGGCAUAAUGCUGCAAUAUGUACAUAUAGCUAGCCUAAAUAGCAUGUUAGCAUCGAUUAGCUUGCAGUCAUGCAGUGACCAAAUAUGUCUGACUAGCACUCCACACAAGUCAAUAACAUCAACAAAACUCACCUUUGUGCCUUCACGCACAACGUUAAAAGUGUGGUGGACAGAAUGAGACAGAAAAAGAAGUGGCAUAAAACACGUCCUAGAAAGUCGGACAAAGUUAUACUUGUAAACAAACUACGGUGAGUUCAAGGACCGCCAAAAUUAGUAGGACAAAACGGCGCUCGCCAAAUACUCGAAUCAGUGAAGCAUGUUUAAUAUAAACAGUGUGAUUUGUAACAAUUAGGGAGGUUUGCGUCAUGUUUGUCCUCCUACGGAAACCAUAUUAAAACAAUUUUUUUUAUUUUUCCUCAUCUUUUUCCAUUUUUCAUACAUUUUUAAAAAAGCUCCUGAGAGCCACUAGGGCGGCGCUAAAGAGCCGCAUGCGGCUCUAGAGCCGCGGGUUGCCGACCCCUGUGCUAAACGAUGAAAAAGUACCACUAUUGGAACUGAAGAUGGCGCUUGAGUUGGACGUAGAUGUUUCUGUGCAGUAGCAGUCUUGUGACGUUAACAAAAAUCGAGAAAUUAUCCGUGCCAAAUUGAGCUACAUACAGUAGGGAAGGGAUUCAUACAGCCACAUUCCGGGAGAGGAAGAGGAGGGGGUUAAUCAUUUUGCAGUCCAGUCGGCUGAAAAUGACGGAAAGCGCCACUCUACAUAUUAACUGACGCUGUGGUCAAAGUUGGAACUGCCACCAAAACACAUUUCAAGAUAUCCAACCCUCUGGCGGCUAAAGUGGAUAGUGCACCCUCUUUGUCACGUUUCAUGUGUCAGGUAAAUUGCGAAAUCCCUUUUCUACUGCAUUUAUCAACCAGCAGAGACAACUGUUUUGUAAAAUGUUGAAAUGUGUAGUUUCAUGUUUCCCCAUUAGGUCAGUCAAUUCAAAGCAAUUGUCAAAGGACAUCUGAUGUAAAAUAGUGACAAGUUGCCAAACUGUGCUGCCAUGACUUCAACGACAACUAUUGACUGGACACAAUCUGGGACCACAGCAAUUGAGGUAAUCUGACCAAAUGAUUACAAUACAUAUCCAGGGCUCAAUUUGAUGGUAGGCUUGUAUUACCGGUGCUCAGUGUUAUCACAGAAGGGGUUUCCUAACAGCUCUGGACUAGUUAGAAAAGCUGUUACGCUUCGUAAUGUUGAAGAAGAAUAAAUAAAAAAAACUUGAUUAAAGCUAAUGGGACAUCAAAAAAAAAGAGAGAGUAUUGCACUGGAGCACCGACACAUUUGUUUUGAAAGGUGAACUUGGUCGGACUGAGUGCUCCACCCGGAAAAAGAAGUCGAAACGAUUUGACACGAGCGACAGCGGUAAUGUGAUUUCCUUCUCUUGUGCUCAAUAUUAUUAUUCGUUUACAUUUUUUUUCAAGUAUUAAACAGCCGUUUGAGUCUGUUACCUGUUAUGUAAAGUAAAUAUUAUAAUAAAGUUGAUACGUUUAAA